AUGGCGCUCUGGGGGCCCUGCCUGCUCCUCUGCCUCCUCUCCCUCCUGACCCAGGUCGCUGCCGACGCCCCCACCGCCAAGGUCAAGAAGGCUGCAAAUGCCAAGAAAGAUGCCGUGAGUCCGAAGAUGCUGGAGGAGCUCAAGGCUCAGCUGGACAGCCUGGCCCAGGAGGUGGCCCUGCUGAAGGAGCAGCAGGCCUUGCAGACGGUCUGUCUGAAGGGUACCAAGGUGCAUAUGAAGUGCUUCCUGGCCUUCGUCCAGGCGAAGACCUUCCACGAGGCGAGCGAGGACUGCAUCUCGCGCGGGGGCACCCUGGGCACCCCGCAGACGGGCUCCGAGAACGACUCCCUAUACGAGUACCUGCGCCAGAGCGUGGGCAGCGAAGCCGAGGUCUGGCUGGGCUUCAACGACAUGGCGUCCGAGGGCGCCUGGGUGGACAUGACCGGCGGCCACAUCGCCUACAAGAACUGGGAGACGGAGAUCACGGCGCAGCCCGAUGGCGGCAAGGUCGAGAACUGCGCCACCCUGUCGGGCGCAGCCAACGGCAAGUGGUUCGACAAGCGCUGCCGGGACAAGCUGCCCUACGUCUGCCAGUUCGCCAUCGUCUAG